UUAUGCAUAUUUUCAUGUCUUUCCAAACUAGCCUUCAGGAAGAUGAUGUAACAUCAUCCACAGAGCAGUUGAGUAGAUGGUUUCAAGAACAAUGGAUAUAAAAUUAUGCCUAAAGUUUGCUAGCUGACAGAAUCAUUUUAUACCUCAUAUCCUGUGCCCCCCACUCACUGCAGGUGGUCUUUUAGUCUUACUUCUGGCUGCAUGAGAUGAUGGGAAUAGCCAAUGCAAGUUCUCCAGAAGUCUUUGUACUCCUGGGCUUCUCUGCAAGACCCUCACUGGAACCUAUCCUCUUCAUCAUUGCCUUAGGGUUUUAUGUGGUGUCUAUCUUGGACAAUGGCAUCAUCAUUCUGGUUUCCUGCAUGGAUGUGCACCUCCACACUCCUAUGUAUUUCUUCCUUGCCAAUCUCUCCUUCCUGGACAUUAGCUUUACCACAAGCAUUGUCCCACAACUCCUGGUCAACCUCUGGGGACCACAGAAAACCAUAAGCUCUGUAGGGUGUAUGGUCCAGUUCUACAUCUCUCACUGGCUGGGGGCCACUGAAUGUGUCCUCCUGGCAGUCAUGUCCUAUGAUCGCUAUGCCGCCAUUUGUAGGCCACUACAUUAUACUGUCAUCAUGCAUCCACAGCUUUGUCUCAGCUUGGCCUUUGCUUCCUGGCUUGGGGGUCUGACUACAAGCAUAGUGGGCUCCACACUCACUAUGCUUCUGCCACUGUGUGGAAACAAUCGCAUUGACCACUUCUUCUGUGAGAUGCCCCUCAUUAUGCAACUGGCUUGUGUGGAUACCAGCCUCAAUGAGGUGGAGAUGUAUGUGGCCAGCUUUAUCUUUGUUGUCUUGCCUCUGGGUCUCAUCCUGGUUUCAUAUGGCCACAUUGCCUGGGCUGUAAUGAAGAUCAGGUCAGCAGAAGGACGGAGAAAGGCCUUCAACACCUGCUCUUCCCAUGUGGCAGUUGUGACUCUAUUUUACGGGAGCAUCAUCUUUAUGUAUCUCCAGCCAGCCAAGAGUAACUCUCAUGAAAAGGGUAAGUUCAUAGCCCUCUUCUAUACUGUUGUCACCCCGAUGCUGAACCCCCUGAUUUACACACUCAGGAACAAAGAUGUGAAGAAGGCUCUCAGGCACAUUGCAUCAGAGAAUUGCUGUGGCUUUGCAGGAUCAUUGGGGCAUAUUAGAGAUGUGAGUAACUUGUGA